ACGUGCCGGCGGCUGGCGCAGCCCUCCGCUCGCCCGGCCUCCCCCUCCCUGGUUCCGCGCUCUGGUUCCGCCAUGGAAUCCAACAAGGAUGAAGCCGAGCGCUGUAUUAGCAUCGCCCUCAAGGCCAUCCAGAGCAACCAGCCCGACAGGGCACUCCGCUUCCUGGAGAAGGCGCAGCGGCUGUACCCGACGCCGCGAGUUCGCGCCCUGAUCGAGUCCCUCAACCAGAAACCACAGUCUACCAGUGACCAUCCCCAACCCACAGACACCACCCACAGGAAAGCAGGUGGGGCCGAAGCCCCUGCGGCCAACGGAGAAGCUGGAGGAGGAGAGGGCACCAAAGGCUACACUGCAGAGCAAGUAGCAGCAGUGAAAAGGGUCAAGCAGUGUAAGGAUUACUAUGAGAUCCUGGGGGUGAGCAGAGGGGCCUCCGAUGAGGACCUGAAGAAGGCCUACCGCAAGCUGGCCCUCAAGUUCCACCCAGACAAGAACCACGCACCCGGCGCCACUGAAGCUUUCAAAGCUAUCGGCACAGCAUAUGCGGUACUUAGUAACCCAGAGAAAAGGAAACAGUAUGACCAGUUCGGUGAUGACAAGAACCAGGCAGCGCGGCAUGGCCACGGGCACGGGGACUUCCACCGUGGCUUUGAGGCCGAUAUCUCCCCCGAAGACCUCUUCAACAUGUUCUUUGGCGGUGGCUUUCCGUCUAGUAACGUCCACGUCUACAGCAACGGCCGCAUGCGCUAUACCUACCAGCAAAGGCAGGACCGCAGGGAGAACCAGGGUGACGGCGGGCUGGGGGUGUUUGUUCAGCUGAUGCCCAUCCUCAUCCUGAUCCUGGUGUCGGCGCUCAGCCAGCUCAUGGUCUCCAGUCCCCCAUACAGCCUGAGCCCAAGGCCGUCGGUGGGCCACGUCCACAGGCGAGUCACUGACCACCUGAACGUCGUCUACUACGUGGCAGACACCUUCUCCAAGGAGUACACAGGCUCCAGCCUCAAAACAGUUGAACGGAAUGUGGAAGACGACUAUAUCGCCAACCUCCGAAACAACUGCUGGAAGGAGAAGCAGCAGAAGGAAGGCUUGCUGUACCGGGCCCGCUACUUCGGUGACACAGAUAUGUACCACAAAGCACAGAAGAUGGGCACCCCAAGCUGUAACCGACUGUCAGAGGUGCAGGCCUCCCUGCAUGGAUAG